AAAAAUAAAACUGCUUACCCCCUUUGCUUCACCACUCGAUCCUUGCCAAUGGCCAACAGUAAUCUCCCUCGCAUAAUCAUUAAGGAAACUCAGCGUCUCCUCAGUGAACCAGCACCUGGAAUUAGUGCUUCGCCAUCAGAGGAUAAUAUGCGAUAUUUCAAUGUGAUGAUCCUUGGUCCCACUCAGUCUCCGUAUGAAGGUAGGGUUUUCAAGUUGGAACUAUUUUUGCCUGAAGAAUAUCCCAUGGCUGCUCCCAAGGUUCGAUUUCUUACAAAGAUAUAUCAUCCGAACAUUGAUAAGCUUGGAAGAAUAUGCCUUGAUAUUCUCAAAGACAAAUGGAGUCCAGCUCUACAGAUCCGAACUGUACUUUUGAGCAUUCAAGCACUCUUGAGUGCUCCGAAUCCCGAUGAUCCACUCUCGGAGAACAUUGCUAAGCACUGGAAAACAAAUGAGGCUGAAGCCGUCGAGACAGCUAAGGAAUGGGCUCGUUUAUAUGCGAGCGGCGCAUAAUAUACGAAUGGUGGAAACAUUUGCCCUGU